CUCCAUGAGGAGCUAUCCUUAGCAUGAGUACUGACCAGGCUCAGUCAGGUUCUCAGAGUCCCCACCUCAUCUGACCUGGGGCACCCUUUCAAAAUCCACAUGCUGUCCCUGCCCCCUACCACCAUCUCUUCAGCCUGAAUCUCCAAGGAUGGGGCCAGGGCAUAAAGAUUUGGGAAAAAUGCCUCAGGUACAUUUGAUGUAUUACUCUUCCUGAGCCUCAUGUGGCCCAACAAUGUGGCCUGACACUUUUCACCCUGCACCACUGUGAGAAGAAAAAGCCCUGGACAGGUCACUGGGCUCACCUAUGGCCUUUGGGAGAGAAAGGUCAAUGUCAGUUGCCAGGGAGGCCUUGAUGCCACGUCUGCUUUGUGACAAUCACCAGAACAGCCAGCACCAUUCUUACGGGAGAAAUGGGGACUGGCCCUUUGCCUGAUUAUCCAUGGACCACCUCCUGAGAAAGGCUUUCCCUCACUCCCCUGCCUCUUCCCCUGGGCCACAGUAGGUGACCCUCUUAGCUCCUAGGACUGUUAACCUGAGCCAACCACAAGUGAGCUAACGCCAGCUGGAUUUCAGAACAGACGUCAGUGCCCAUCUGUGGAAGAAGCCUGCCACAGCCCCGCCCUCUGCAGCACACCCCUCCCCACACAACUCACACACAACUCCCCACACAACUCACAGGCCAGAGGCUGCCAGAUGAUAACCUAUGGUUUCAACUGGCUUUCUGGAAAGACUUCCUCAGGCCUCAUCCUGGUCAGAACAGCCUGUGUAAACCUGGGUCACAAACAACCCCAACAGCCUCUUCAACUUCCUCUUGCUGCCUUGGGCCAGCUGUUUGUACACUGAGCCCUAGAAGCUGAUUCAGCCUGCAUCCCUUUACCUAACUGGCAGUGUGCUAUGCUGACCACAAUGUUGCUGAGCUGUGCCCUACUGCUGGCAAUGCCCACCAUGCUGGGGGCCCAGAUAGGCUUGGCCCCCCUGGAGGGUAUCGGAAGGCUUGACCAAGCCUUGUUCCCAGAACUCCAAGAUCUAGGCCUGCAGCCCCCACUGAAGAGGACAACUGCAGAACGGGCAGAAGAGGCUCUGCUGCAGCAGGCCGAGGCCAAGGCCUUGGCAGAGGUGCUAGAUCCUGAAGGACGCAAGGCACGCUCCCCACGUCGCUGCGUAAGGCUGCACGAAUCCUGUCUGGGACACCAGGUACCAUGCUGCGACCCAUGUGCUACAUGCUACUGCCGUUUCUUCAACGCCUUCUGCUACUGCCGCAAGCUGGGUACUGCCACGAACCCCUGCAGCCGCACCUAGCUGGCCAGCCAAUGUCGUCGGGGUCGGGGUGGGGGUAGGCGGGCGCCAAUAAAGUAUGGGACCAACCCCA